GUGAUCGCCAACAACAAUUAAAUAAAAAGUUUAAAACAAAAUACAAACAAAAUGAAACAAUUACAUCCAUUAUUAGUCAUAUUCCUAUUUAUGGCCACAAAAUGUCCAAACUCUUCGUCACAAAAUUUAAAUGAGCCAAACAUGCAAUUAGAUCCCGAUCCAGAAUUUAUUGGUACCAUCAACAAUGUAACAUUUCCAGCUGGCAGGGAAGCCAUUUUAGCCUGUUCUGUUAGGAAUCUGGGGAAAAAUAAGGUGGGUUGGUUAAGAGCCUCCGAUCAAACGGUUUUGGCAUUGCAGGGUCGUGUGGUUACCCACAAUGCCCGCAUUAGUGUAAUGCAUGAGGAUAUGCAUACAUGGAAGCUAAAGAUCAGCAAAUUACGAGAAAGUGAUCGUGGCUGUUAUAUGUGUCAAAUCAAUACCAGUCCCAUGAAAAAGCAAGUGGGCUGUAUAGAUGUGCAAGUUCCUCCCGAUAUCAUUAAUGAAGAAUCUUCCUCUGACUUGGCCGUGCAAGAGGGUGAGGAUGCAACGCUCAUCUGCAAAGCCACCGGCAAUCCUCAGCCUCGUGUUACUUGGCGUCGUGAAGAUGGUGAAAUGAUAUUGUUGCGUAAACCGGGCAGUCGGGAGUUAAUGAGAGUGGAGUCUUAUCAGGGUGCUGCCUUGAAACUGGUGCGUUUGGAGAGACGUCAAAUGGGGGCUUAUCUGUGUAUAGCCUCGAAUGAUGUACCGCCGGCUGUCAGUAAAAGGGUAUCGUUGAGUGUGCAAUUUGCCCCCAUGGUCCGAGCCCCCAGCCAAUUGCUGGGCACUCCCCUCGGCUCUGAUGUCCAGCUGGAAUGUCAUGUAGAAGCUUCUCCCUCACCGGUUUCAUAUUGGCUUAAGGGCGCCCGAACACCCAGUGGUUUUGCCAGUGUUUCCAGCAAUAGUUUGGAAACUGGCCAACCCGGACCGGAAAUGCUAUUAGAUGGACCCAAAUAUGCCAUUACCGAGAAACGAGACGGCUACCGAGGUGUCAUGCUAUUGACUGUGCGCUCAUUUUCGCCCUCCGAUGUGGGAACUUAUCAUUGUGUGAGCACGAAUUCAUUGGGCCGAGCCGAGGGCACGCUGAGAUUGUAUGAAAUCAAAUUACAUCCAGGCAUAGCCACCAUUAAUGACGAUCAAUUAAAUUUCAUAGGAGGAUUAGAAGAAUCCCGUAAUUUUGCCUCAUCAUUAGCAAAGCAACGAAUAUCCUGGCUACACUUGACAGCAACAGCGACAUUUUUAUUAAUUUCCCAAAUAAUGACAGCAGCCUCAUUAUCGACGGCCACAACAACAACAACAACUUUAAGCUGGCUGGCAUUAUCCUUUGCAACAAGAUGA